CACCAAAUAAUAUAAUAAAAUAAAUAUAAAUGUCAAAUUUUUAAAAAUAACUAUUAAUUUCUAUACGCUAAAAUCAAAUAUUUUUCUUAUCUUAGAAUAAAUAUAUCUUUACAUAAAAAUCCUAAAUAAGGAAAUUUUUGUAAAUUAAUAUCUCUAUAAAUUAAUAAAAUUUCAAAUUCUGAUAUUAUUAAUUUAUAGAGGUUCUACUGUACAUUUGAAUAUUGAAACAAUUAAAUUUUCAGGUAACAAACCUUUCAGGACUUUAACAUUCUUUUAAUUUGCAUUUGUAAUCGAUCUCACGUUGUUGCACCUAUUCCACAUGUAUUUCGUUUAAAAGACUAGUAGUUGGAUGUUUACUCUUAGAUAAUGCAGAUUGGUUGUAUAUAUAUUUAUUAUUGGUAUAUUCUUUUAUAGAUGUGUAGAUCAUGCUGGAGCAAUUUUAAAGAUUUUGGACAUUUUCAAAAAUUGAGUAAAGCAUGAUAUAUAUGAAUUUUGAACUCAUGGAAAACUAUAAAAAGUUUGUAAAUGUUAAAAUAAAAGUUGCAAUUUAUCAACUAUAUUUGUAUAUAGUUUUGGUAAACUUUUUGAAAUAAAAACAAAGUAUAUGUAGAGGUUGAAUUAAUGUCUAAAUUCAAUCAAAGAAAGUUUAAAUGAUAUAUAGAUGAAACGAGAGAUCAAGCUAGUUACACGUGCCGUCUCAAAACUAAGCCAGUCUAUCGCGGGUAGUGUGGGUCUUGGUUCUUAAAACUCCCUUAAGAUACAAUGAAUCAAUGAAAGUUUUUUUUAUUUGAUAAAGAGAUACGAUGAAAGUGUUAUGAUCGGGCUACAAUGGUUUAUUCAUUGAUCAGUUGCAUGCAGUGGAGAUUUGUGUUUAUUAAGGAUAUUCAGAUACUUAAAUUAAAGUCAUGGCUUCACAUCAGUUUUGGGUAGGAUUUUUUUCGGAAAUUAAAUUAUCAAUAUUUGGCUAAUUUGGACUUAGAUUUUGACCCAAGUAUUUUACAUGAUGGACCAUAACAGAUAAGCGGUCUAUCUCUAGAAUUAGUCGAAAAAUAUUUCAAACUCGAUCAGACAGUGUGAUACGCUUUUGGAUUAGUGUACUAUGUAAUACUUAGUUUGUUUUUCACGGGACCAACCAGUUUAACCGGACAUAUAAAAGAAAUAAUGUGUAUGGUUUGACUGAACAUAGUUGUACUUGUACUUUACUACAAAGACGGAAAUUAAAAAUAAAACUUUAUUGUAAAUUCCUUAAAGAUUCUUUUUUUUGCUAAAAUCCUUAAAGACUUAACAUGUUAUAAUGUUGCAUUCGGGAUUUAACUGGUCCAUUAAAAAUGCACGCCAGUCAUUUUUUUUGAACUUCUAAAAAACCCCGAGUUAUAUCUUUUGAAAAGUUAUAUAUACUAUUAUAUAUAGGUUUUGACCCAAAAAAUAUAUUAUAUAUAGGCAAAAAAAAUUACUUAUUCCCCCCCUAACAUGAAAACUAUAUAAAUACUUAUCAUGAGUUGUCUAUAUUUCAUAUAUAGAGCGUGAUACGAAAACCCGCAAAAUUUUCAGAAAAGGAGAUAAUUUUCUUUUGUCACGAACAAAAGGCUAUAAAUUAUAACAAAAAAAAUGUACAAUAAAAUAAGCUAUAAAUUAAUAUAUUAAAAACCGUGAUUUCGUGUCUGUGUACGUACAUAAAUGUACAAUAAAUAGUGGCCAUAAAUAGACAGAAUAUAGCGAACUGACUCGAUAAAGUUCUACAUUGUGUUGUCACUAUGAAGUUAGUGCAAGAAAGUUGAACUGAAGUAAAGGGGCUUUAAUUUCAGUUCAAAAGAAAAAACUAAAGGGACUUUAAUUUAUUUAUUCAAAAUUUAUAUACGUUCUAUAUAUCGUCUUAUUGGUACACAACUCGUAUCUGUAGUAGUAAUACACUACUUAUUUUCGGGUAUGUCAAUUAAAUUAUUAAUCAAUGUUUUCUUAUGGUGCCCAUAUCUCAUUCGUCGCCGUCGUCUUUCCCUCACAAAUUUUUUUGGACAAAAAGAAGAUAUAAUUGUUUAUCUAAUUUUAAAAAUAAAAGAUAUAUCUAGAUUUCCUAAUUGGGAAAUUGCCAACGUAACUCUAUAUAAAGUAAGCUUCUGUCAGGCACGCAAGUGAAGGCAUAUGAAAAAUAUGGUCGGUCGAAGAAUGACCUACCUUUCGGAUAUUUAGUUUUUCCUUAUUAUCGUCGUAUAUUAUUAAGUUACGUGGAUUGCUAAUGUGUGGUAUUACAUACAAACGUAUAACUAUUUGUUUCACGGGCAUUUAGAGAAUUUAAAGUUAUUCGUUGGAAAUUGUUGUAGAUUAUUAUAUUUCAAUCUUGAUUUUUUUUUUAAAUUAACCGACGUGAUGAAAUGGCAUUUUCGAACUAAACUUUGAAGCUUGUACUUGCUAGUACAUCUCAAUUUACAAUAAUGAAAAAAAAAACUUUAACAAAAAACAAAUACCAAUACUAGCCUACACUUGCAUUUGAUAUCGUGAAGACUGUUGUCACUUGGUUUAUAAUAUAUUAAAAACUUUAGUAAAGUACGUAAACUAAGAAAUCGGUAAAGCUUGAAACAAGUCAAAUUAACUAUUUAAAGCGUACGUGCCUACUUAUGGGAUUGCACAUUUUUAGAUAGGUUUCUGAAAUGAUAUGAUGUAUAUGUAGUGAUUAGCAAGGAUGCUAGUUAAUUUAGUUUAUAUGUUCGUUUAAUUUUGAUUAGGUCAGAACAUAUUAGUACAUAAGUUACAAAAAAAAGAGAGAGAACAUUAGUACAUACAGUUAUCAACGAUAUCCAUUUAUGUCCGACCGUGUAUGUUUCGUUUUGACAAAACAUAAAAUUUGGGUUCGUCCUUGAUUUAAAAUUUCUAUAUUCAGAUUCAACUUGACAAGAUGACUUAAAUCAAGGAUAAUUAUUUGUUAUGGUUUUUGUCCAAAGUUUUGAUUUUAAAAUGUCAAGCCAUAGGAGAGAAAGAUAAAAAUAAGAAGUGGAAAGUCCUUCCCUUGGUCUGGCUGAAAUGCAAUGUAAGGUUAUUCAUGGCACAAGAAGAAAAGAUUAGUAGAUGUGCAUUUAGUUCUAACUUCUAAGUAGACAAAUCAUGUUGGGAUGUACUUUUUGCAUAGUAAUGCUUUGAUUGGUAUUGAUAAUUUUUUGCUGUUAAAAGAUGGUUACUUCUUGAAUGAAAUUAAAUUAUCAAGCACAAAAGAUGUCACAUCUAACACCAAAUAAGCGUUUGAACUUUAAAGCAUAGUCUUCAAUUUAAACAAAAAGGUCCAGCAUAAUUAAUUAUAAAUAAAUAGAAAAACAUAAACCUUUCCCUUACCCUACAUUUGUCUCUACUUAAGGGCUAAAUUGCUCCAAUUAUUCAUUUGUUUAAUUAACCAAACAUUAGGCUUUAUAAAAACUAAAACUAACUAAUUAAUCAUUUUGAGUGGCUCUGCAUCUCUUUUGAAUCAGUUGCUUCUCUUUAAUUAGUUUGUUUGGUCAAAAUCUCACACGUUCAUUUUGCAUGCUCUUUGACACGUGCUAUCUCGUCUCUCUCAGAUGAGCUGUCUCUCUACUCUGUAAUAAGAAGCUCUAUUUGAAACCUCUCUCUCUCUCUCUCUCUCUCUCUCUCUCUCCUCUACCAUAUGAGAAAACCCUAUAUAACCCCUUCACAUCUCCCACUUGGUAUGCAUCACACAAUACAUCUUCUUCUCCUUACACAAAAACAAAACAAAAAGACUUUUUGUUAUAUAACUUGUUGAAGUCACAAGUUCUUUGUUGUUCAACUACUUCCCCUUCUUCAUCAUCAAAAUGGAUUCCUCCGCCUUGUUUUUCACUUUCUCCGCCGCAAUUAUCAUCCUCUACUUUCUCCGGUGUUUAAUCUCUCAGCGCCACCGUGUAUCCUCGAAACCCCCACUUCCGCCGGGAACAAUGGGUUGGCCUUACGUGGGCGAGACUUUCCAGCUCUAUUCUCGAGACCCUAACGUCUUUUUCGCUUCCAAACAGAAACGGUAUGGUUCAGUGUUCAAGACACAUGUACUAGGAUGUCCUUGUGUAAUGAUCUCGAGUCCCGAGGCUGCGAAGUUCGUGCUGGUGACGAAGUCUCAUCUCUUUAAACCGACUUUUCCAGCGAGUAAAGAGAGGAUGCUAGGGAAACAAGCCAUCUUCUUCCACCAAGGUGAUUAUCACACUAAACUCAGGAAGCUCGUUCUUCGUGCUUUCAUGCCGGAGUCUAUCAGAGACAUGGUUCCAGAUAUCGAAUCAAUCGCUCAAGAUUCUCUACGAAGUUGGGUUGGAACAAAGAUCAACACUUACCAAGAAAUGAAAACAUACACAUUCAACGUUGCGUUACUCUCGAUCUUCGGAAAAGACGAGGUUCUAUACAGAGAAGAUCUAAAACGAUGCUACUACAUUCUCGAGAAAGGUUACAACUCUAUGCCUGUAAACCUCCCUGGAACGCUCUUCCACAAAGCCAUGAAGGCUCGCAAGGAGCUCUCGCAGAUCCUAGCAAGAAUCUUAUCAGAGAGAAGAGAUGAAAGAUCCUCACACAACGAUCUUCUCGGAUCAUUCAUGGGAGACAAAGAGGAGCUUACCGACGAACAGAUCGCUGAUAACAUAAUCGGAGUAAUCUUCGCCGCUAGAGAUACCACGGCGAGUGUGAUGACGUGGAUCCUUAAGUACUUAGCUGAGAAUCCCAACGUUCUAGAGGCCGUUACUGAAGAGCAAAUGGUAAUAAGUAAAAGCAAAGAAGAAGGAGAGUCUUUAACUUGGGGUGAUACAAAGAAGAUGCCAGUAACUUCAAGAGUCAUUCAAGAAACAUUAAGAGUUGCUUCAAUCUUAUCUUUUACAUUUAGAGAAGCUGUAGAAGAUGUCGAAUACGAAGGAUAUUUGAUACCAAAAGGAUGGAAAGUGUUGCCGCUUUUCAGAAACAUUCACCAUAGUGCUGAUAUCUUUUCGAAUCCUGGCAAGUUUGACCCAUCAAGAUUUGAGGUGGCUCCAAAACCCAAUACUUUCAUGCCAUUUGGCAAUGGGACUCACUCGUGUCCUGGAAAUGAAUUAGCCAAGCUUGAAAUAUCGAUCAUGAUUCAUCAUCUGACCACCAAGUACAGAUGGUCAAUAGUUGGAGCUAGCGACGGGAUUCAGUAUGGGCCAUUUGCGCUUCCCCAAAACGGACUGCCCAUUAUGCUUGCUCGGAAGUAGGAGAUCGAUAUGUAGUACUACGUGAUGCCCUAAGCUUUCUAUAACUGGAAAGAGGGGGACUAGAGAAGAAAAUUAAACAAUUCUUUAUUUUCUUGCUAAAGAAAAAUAGGGAGAGGGGAAGGGCAAAAAAAAAAUCAAGAUUUUGAUAUGAAAACAUUAAAAUGGGAAAUGAGGAGAAGGCACCAAGUGUACAAAGAAAAGUCUAAUUUAUUUUCUUAGUUUUUUUUAUUUCUACUUUUUCGAGUUUUGAAAUUUUUGUUUAAGAUAGGGAAAAGUUGGUCACUAAAUUUCAAAUUGAGGUAAAAUGUUAGAUAAAAUAUCUAAUGUUUUUUUUUCCUUCCCAAAGAAGAAACAUCUCAUGUAUAUCUUUAACUGAUUCAUCAUGAAUUGGAGGGUUUCCAUGUUCUUAGUGAAUUGAUUAUCUGAAGACGCCCACAGAAAUUCUUUCAAAAAAAGAAAACGCCCAGUCGCCCACAGAAAUACUAUACAGUUUGUGUUGAUUGUUUCGUACUUUCGUUUAUCACACAAUAAAUCGUAUCUCAAUAAAAUGACAGAAAAUAACGUAGUACAGAAAUUGAAUGAAAUUAUCUAAGAGCCAAACUAUCAACCAUGUGAUGCAAAUACAAUUGGGAUUAAAAGAAAAAAAAAGAGAAGUUAAAGCUAUAUAUAAAAAACUAAAUUACGUAAUUUAGUAAUUGCACCUCUAGUAGCAAUAAACAUUGAAAUGGAAAAAAUGUUAGUUUAUGUAAGUUUUGAGAAUACUUAAUUCGAUCCAUGAUUUAUCUAAUUAUAAAAGUAUUACUAAACGUUGCACAAAAAAAAGUAUUACUAAACUUACUUGAUCAUGUUUUUUGGGUCUAACUUGAUCAUGUUUUAUGUUUAGCAUUUCAAUACAAUAAUCACAUUUACUACACCUACUACACAUUUUGUUUGUAGUCUCAAGUAACCAUAUCAAUGGAUAACUAUAGAAUGAUUAGAAAUUUAGAAUCGCCACAAUCAUCAUAGACAUUUGGUAAUUGUUAUAUAUAGAAGAAGAAAGAAAACCUAAUCUAUUCAAAUAAAUUGACGGACGACUUUGAACAUCACCACCCGCGAGUUAUGUUGAAAUUGUCGCUGUAAUUACAUUUGACCAUCGUCAUCCCAGUAUUAUUUUAUUUGAGUUUUUACUUGUGAGCUAUAUUAAUUAUACCAUGAUUGAGAAUAUUGAUGCACAGCUGUAGUUGAAUCGUCGGGUAAAUGUAUCAGACGGGCUAUCAAUUUCGUGUCACCAUCUGCCUUAUUAUCGUUUUAUUUUAACUUAUGUAUUUGUAAUUGUAUACUGAUAUAACUUGUGGCAUAUAUUAGUAGUAUCUUAUGAAUGCAAUGGGCAAUGGACAAGUGAACCCACUGUGCGAUAUUUAAAAAAGUCUGUAAACUUGUCUUUGAAUGGAAAAUCUAAACAAAAAUCUCUCUCAAAAAUUCGAUCACAACCAGAUGGAAAUUAUUGUUUUAACCAAAAGAUGUGCGAGAGUUGAGUUAUAAAACUCGAUUACUAUUGGAAAGGAAAACAAAACUACAUGAUUAGUAUAUAC